CUCGGUUUUUGCGGGAGAACAAUUAUAGCAACUGCAGCAUCCGACGGCGGCGCUCAUUGCCCGGACCGCAACGGCACAGGAUGACGCGACCGGCGACGGCACGACGUCGUGCGUGCUGCUCAUUGGCGAGCUCCUCCGGCAGGCGGACCGGUUCCUCCAGGAGGGCCUCCACCCGCGGGUCAUUGCUCAGGGCUUUGACGUGGCCAAGGCGUUUGCCCUCGAGCAGCUCGAGUCGUACAAGAUGGACGUGAACAUCGACCGUGAGCUGCUGAUGCAGGUCGCGCGCUCGUCGCUCCACACCAAGCUUGCGCCGGCGCUCGCCGAGCAGCUCACUUCGAUUGUUGUCGACGCCGUCCUCACCAUUCAGCGCGAGGGCAAGCAGAUCGACCUGUUCAUGGUCGAGAUCAUGUCCAUGCUGCACAAGACCGCUGCCGACACCAAGCUCAUCAAGGGCCUCGUCCUCGAUCACGGUGCACGCCACCCGGGCAUGCUCAAGUACCAGGACAACUGCCACAUUCUCAUCUGCAACGUCUCGCUCGAGUAUGAGAAGACCGAGCUCAACUCGGGCUUCUUCUACGCCUCGCCUGAGGAGCGCGAGAAGAUGGUCCAGGCCGAGCGCCGCUUUGUUCAGGAGCGCGUUGAGAAGAUCAUCGCCUUCAAGGAGUCGGUUUGCACCGACGAGAAGUCGGGCUUUGUGGUCAUCAACCAGAAGGGCAUCGAUCCCCAGGCUCUGGACCUGCUGUGCCGUGCGGGGAUUGUGGCGCUGCGCCGCGCUAAGCGGCGCAACAUGGAGCGCCUUGCGCUUGCGUGCGGCGGGUACGCGGUCAACUCUGUGGACGACCUCGAGCCCGAGUGCCUCGGCUAUGCCGGCAAGGUGUACGAGACCGUGCUCGGCGAGGACAAGUACACGUUCGUGGAGGACGUCACCAACCCGUUCUCGUGCACGGUCCUCAUCAAGGGCCCCAACGCCCACACUGUGGCGCAGAUCAAGGACGCCGUCCGCGACGGCCUCCGCGCUGUUAAGAACACCAUCGAGGACGGCACCGCCCUUCCGCGGCGGCGCUGUCGAGUACUCGCUCUCGGCCAAGCUGAUGGAGUACAAGAAGACCGUGAGCGGCAAGACCCGCCUCGGUGUCGAGGCCUUUGCCCAGGCCCUGCAGAUCAUCCCCAAGACGCUUGCCGCCAACUCGGGCUUUGACCAGACCGAGACCAUCGUCAAGCUUGAGGACGCGUUCCUCAACGAUCGCCUUGUCGGCGUCGACGUCAUGACCGGCGAGUGCAUGGACCCCGUGGUUGAGGGCGUCCUCGAUUCGUUCCGCGUCAAGCGCAUGCUUCUGCACUCGUGCACUGUCAUCGCCUCGAACAUCCUCCUGGUCGACGAGAUCAUCCGCGCCGGUCGCCAGAUCAAGAAGUCUGGUCCCGGCCCCGCUGGCCCGUAAACGCCUUUCAUAUUCC